AUGCAGGUUCAGCAGAACCCAGAAUUCCUCGGCUCGCAGCAAGUUACCGAAAGAACUCAGAGCCUCUUUCGCCCAGUUAAUUCGAUGAGUGAUCCGCGUGUGGCGAAGGGCAGCACAUGGGCUCGGGAAGCAGGCGGAUCCAACUAUGGCCGCUCCCUGGGGCUGACGAAUACCAGGACUCGUGCACUUCAAAACGCUGCACGAACGGGUGUUAGCGACCUAAUGAGCAUGGUUCCAGAGAGACCGUCGCUGCCAUCAAUUCCUGUCCAAACUGCUCCCUACCUUGAGGCGUAUCCAGAUAAAAUCGAAGAGGCUGGCGCCUGCACCCAGACAGACCCUAUGCUUGAAAUCAAGGAACCUGCCCCCUACGUUCCGCCGCCCCAGGGUAUCGAUGUGUCUACACAGAUAGAAGAGGGCGAUCUCUUUGACUUUGAUAGAGAGGUUCAGCCGAUCCUGGAUGUGCUAGUCGGCUCUGUGCUGCAGCAAGCUCUCAGGGAAUUUUCAGACGAAGAAGAGUUGCGAUUGAUUCGCAUAGCCAGAGACAAGGUGCGGCAGCGCCGUGCUGCAGAGCUUCAGGAAGUCCGUCGCUUAGAGGAGGCAGAGCGUCGCAGAAGAGCCGAGAUUGUCAAGCGCCAGGUUGAAGACCUCAGGAGAAAGGAGCUUGAGGAGGCCGUUGCCCGCAAGAUGGCUGCCCAAACAUUUGCCACAGCAUAUGCUGCUGAGUUGGAAAAGGAUGCUGUGGACUCAAUUGAAACACGUGGCGGAUUUAUUUCGCCAUUGGAGGCAGCAGUGACCGGCAGCUUCGUUCCGUACAUCGUCUCUACCUCUAUUACAAAAGCGAAGGCUAGGGGCCGCAUUCAUUCUAUCUUGCGCUGCAUCAUAGAAGAGGCAGUCAGGACAGGACUCUCCAUGGAAAGUUAA